CCGCCCACCCCUCUCCUGCUCCGUUUGCCUCCCGCAGUAUUAGCUUCCCGAGCGCGCAGCGCAAGCGAGCCUCAGCGAGCGGUCACCGGCUGCCUGCUCCCUGCCAGCGUCCUGGCUCAGCUUCUCGCGGCCUGAAUUGGCUUCUGACCCUGGGAACUGUGGAUCAGACGAACUUCAUCCCUGAAGGGAACAGGCGCGGGAGAAGACGUAGCAAGGGCGAGCCAUGGACCCUGUGAGCCAGUUGGCUUCGGCGGGCACCUUUCGGGCACUGAAGGAACCUCUUGCCUUCCUGCGAGCCCUGGAGUUGCUUUUUGCAAUCUUUGCAUUUGCAACAUGUGGUGGCUAUUCAGGAGGCCUGCGGCUGAGUGUGGACUGCGUUAACAAGACAGAGAGUAACCUCAGCAUCGACAUAGCCUUUGCCUACCCCUUCAGGUUGCACCAGGUGACCUUUGAAGUGCCCACCUGUGAGGGAAAGGAACGGCAGAAGCUGGCACUGGUUGGCGACUCCUCGUCCUCCGCGGAGUUCUUCGUCACCGUGGCUGUCUUCGCUUUUCUCUACUCUCUGGCCGCUACUGUCGUGUACAUUUUCUUCCAGAACAAGUAUCGUGAAAACAACCGGGGCCCACUCAUUGAUUUUAUUGUCACUGUGGUCUUUUCGUUUCUGUGGCUGGUCGGUUCAUCUGCUUGGGCAAAAGGACUGUCUGAUGUCAAAGAGGCGACUGACCCAAAGGAAGUCUUGUUACUGAUGUCCGCUUGCAAGCAGCCCUCCAACAAAUGCAUGGCUGUUCACAGCCCUGUCAUGUCCAGCUUAAACACGUCUGUGGUCUUUGGGUUUUUGAACUUUAUCCUCUGGGCCGGCAACAUUUGGUUUGUCUUCAAGGAGACCGGCUGGCAUUCCUCCGGACAGAGAUACCUUUCCGACCCCAUGGAGAAGCACUCUAGCACCUAUAACCAGGGAGGGUACAACCAAGACAGCUAUGGGUCAAGCGGUGGCUAUGGCCAGCAGGCGAGUCUGGGGCCAUCUUCCGAUGAGUUUGGCCAACAGUCCACAGGCCCCACUUCCUUUAACAAUCAAAUAUAACCCAGUAUCACCCAAAUUCUUCUGGCGAGAGCCUCACCACCUUUCAUUUCAGUCGCAGAGGGUUUUCUUUUUAAGAGUUACAAUCAAUUAUUAAUGCAAAGAAUGUUGAGUGUAAAUCAGAGAUCUGUAGUCCUCAUUAAGACAGAAAGGCCUGGGUGGUGAUAAAUGGUACUUAGAGACAAGAUGUCAUGAGGAGAAGAUACAUUAUUCAUCACAGUUGGAUAAUUAGAAAGUACCUUGCUAUAUACACACAUAAUUUUGUGGUCAUUUUGUAUGUAUGUUGAAAUAGUGGAAGCAUUUUGUAGCUUAACAUCUCUAAUAUGUAACGUGCAUAAAUAACUUGAGUAGUAUUGAGUUUUUCUAUGUGUUUGGAUGCAAGAGACAUUUUAACGAUUUCUAGAAGACUAUUUGGUAAGCUACAACAUGCAUGUGUUAAUGUUUUUUAGUUUAGACCCUUUAGGACUUUAAAUAUGUUUAGGUAAUUAUUCUGUACUGUUUUCACUUGAUGAAACAAUGUUUAUAUGAUGUAAUGCAUGAAUAAGUACUUUCUCACUUAAUAAACAUCUGACUGUAUUUCUAAAGAUUUUUCAGUUUGCAUCAUGAGUUUGUUAAGUGGGUAUUUGAAGACAUGUAUGCACUACUUUGUAGACUUUGCGAGUUUGUCUUUCUGACUUUACCUAAGUUCGGAAUGCAUUAGAGUUAAGGUCUGGAGGGUUUCUCUGUUUGUAGAUAGUCAGUAUUCUGUAUGGUAACUGCCCAGUAUUUAUCUGAUUUCCUUAAGUAUGUAUUUAGAUUCUUGUUACUUCCUAUGGCGUUUUGUGGCUCUUACCCUGUAAGCCAGGAGUGAUAAGGCACAAUGACCCUAUGCUUGUAGAGUGGCAUUUUCUUAGCACCCAGAGAUGUAUCUUUAAACCUCACAGUUUAAGUAAUGCUAAGAAAAGUGCUCUAUAGUCCUACGUGACCAGCCAAACAUCUGACUUUGUUUAUUUUUAAAGCUAAUAUGUUGCUCAAUUCAAUUAUUAGAAAUACCAAGUUAUAGCUUGACAGAAUUAUUUAUUUAGGUUUGUGUAUAACCCAUAUAUUGAAUGGCUUCCCUAUGCCACUCUAUCUCCUCAUGAAAGGCUGUCCAGAACAUUAUUCAUUAUCAAGGAAACGCCGAUCUUUAUUUCUUCGUGCUAAUUCAAUUGAAACAAGGCCCAACAGGCAGGGCAAGCUAAGCAUAUGUGUUUCUAGAUAGUCAUAACUGGUGUAAAAAUUCUUUCUGUAAUCUGUGACAUUGGAAGCUGUUUAGCACAAAAUAGCCUGUGUCUCAAAUGCUGUCUGUAACCAGAUUCUUAAAUCCUGUUGGAUAAAUCUGUAUUGUGAUAUCUCUUUGACCUCAAUAAAGUCGUUGCAUACAACCUGGCUGAACAAUGAAGAACCACAACUCUGGGGGCCUUGUUGGCCUUAAUAGGGAGAGAAUAAAGGUUAAAUGCAAUGCUUCUA